AUGCUCCGUUCUAUUCUGGUGCACCAAAUCUCCUUAUCAGCCGACUCAUUAUACGACGCCCAAAAGCAGCACCGCGCCGAUGUGCGCAAGGGCGGGGAAACGAACGCGGGCGACACGAUCCGCGUACUCAGGGUCGAGUUAGCGGAGGUAACCGAGCGGCUUAACCAAACCCGGAAGCAACUAGAUACGGCGGAAAACCGCUGCGAGGAGCUGGCGAAGGAACUGCGCAACAAGGCACAUGAGAACUCGAGGCUCGCCGCGGAGAUUGCGGCGGUUAAGAUAACCAAGAUCGGGUUAAGCGAGGAGGGCUCGGUAACCCCGCGGAACGGGAUUCCGCCGUUGGCGGCGGAGCGCAGCGGAGGCAGGGUGCUACAGGUGGCGUCGCUCUCGCAGGCGCUAGAGGAGGCUCAGAGAUGGGCCUCCCAAGCCGAGGACAGUCUGCGCAUGCGCGAGCAAGCAGUCGCCGAGGCCGAGGAGGUGCGCGUGAGCCUGGAGCGGCGCGUGAAGGACGCGGAAACUAGAAUGGCGGAAAUGGGCUCCAGCCUGGAGAAGAAGGCGACCGAGGCGGCGCAGCUGCGGCAGGAGCUCGACGAGGAGCGCGAGGAGCGGGGCAGGCUGGAGGAGGAUCUCGAGGCGCUCCAAGACGAGGCCGCCGCCAGCGACGCUGCCGCAAUCGCGCAGCUCGCCGAGUCGGGCGCGCAGAUCCAGUCCCUGACCGACGUCAAGACCCGCACCGAAGAACGCCUGUCGGCACUCAUGCGCGAGCGCGCCGAACUCGACGUCAAACUGGCGCUCCUUAAGCGCUCCAAGGAGGACGCUGACGCGCAGCUCAAAAACGCGCGGGCCGCGAUCGUGCAGCUCGAAGCGAAGCUGAUGUCAGAGGAGGGUCGCUCCGCGGACCUCGAGGCGCAGCUGACGUCAGCGGGCGAGCGGGAGAGGAGACUGGGCGAGGAACUAGCGGCGGGUGAAAAGGAGAUCGGGGAACUGACGCAGAGGGUUGGGGCGUUGGAAGGGGAGAAGCAGGGGCUCGAGGUUUUGGCGGAGAAUCGGACGGGCGAUCUCGAGGAGUCGCGGGACGAGACGGCGCAGCUCAAGAACGAGUGCGAGGAUAUGAAGAUUGAGUUAGCGCAGGUUAAGCCUAACAGCGCGGAGUUAGCGCGGGACCUUGCGGACACCAACGACGAUCUGACCGACACUGAGAAUAGGCUCGCUAAGAGCGACGAGAACCGGAACAAGGCCUGGGAGGAGGUCGAGCGGCUAACCGGGGUCAAGGAGGAGCUUAACCAGCGGUUGAGCAUGUUUACCGGGGAGAUCCGUAAUCUCAACGAGCGCCUCUCGGAGGUUAUCGCCGAAGUCGCGGAUCUGCACAAGAAGCUCGGCGCGCUACGGAGCGAGAAGCACGAAGCGGAGCAGUCGUCGGUUCAGGCCAAGGCCGCGGCGGCCGAACUGGAGCUGCAACUAGCGGUGGCGCAGAAACGCGCGGCCGAGCUCGCGUCGAAACUGUCGGCGUCCGAGCAGAGCAACCGCGAGGUUUCGUCGCUGCUCGCGGAAACCAAGUCCCAGAAGAAGGAGGUUGAGAGCGAGUUGAAGGAGACUCGCAGCGUGGUGGCGCAACUGGGUAACGAGCUAACGGGGGUUAGGAACGAGGUUAAGGCGCGCGGAGCGGAGCUGGCCGCGGUUAAGGAGAAGAUGGCGGCCAAGGUCAAGGAGGGCGCGGAGCGGGUUAGCAAGCUCAAGGGCGAACUGAGUGAUGCGGUGCAGCGGGGCACGGAACUGGACAAGAAGCUUGGACAGGCCCUGCAGGGCCUCGCCCAGCGCGACCAGGCGCUCCUGACCGCCAGCGAGGAGCAGCGGGUCCUGUUGUCCGAAGUGGACACCCACAAAGGCGACGUCGCCAGGCUGGAGCACGAGCUGAACAGGGCCCUCACGGACGCGUCCGAAACGUCGGCCAAGCUGUACGAAGCGUUCGCAAAGCUGGCCGAGACGGAAGAGGCGCUCGCGGAGAUCAAGGAAGAGAAGGAGAGCCUCGAGACGGGGCUGAGCGCGGUUCAGCAAGAGAAGGCGGACGUGCAAGUAAGAGGGGAAAUCUCAGCUUUAUGA